CAGUUAAAAAGAAAACUAUUUUAUACUUGGUGUAAAAACGCGGAGGAAUGUUUCUUUUAUAACUUUGAACAUUGUUUGCUCAACACAGUGAUCGUAUUUUUCACCUAAUUAGUUCAUAUCUUGUUUGUUAAUGAUCGCCCGUGUUUCUUUGGUCUGUUUGUCUGAGGACAGCUGUGCCGUGACGUCAUCAGCUCCAUAUGAAUCAAAAAUAUGGCGGCUGCCAUGGAGCUGAGAUGCUGGGGAGGAGACUGGGGGCUUCCCUCUGUCCACACCGACUCUCUCGUAGUUCUGGCCUAUGCAGAGUUUUCGGGAGCGAAGCUCUCAGUUUCUCCUGUGGAUUGGACAUGGAAAACCUUAACAGCGAGCGUCCCAGAGCUGGUUUGUGGAGACACCGUUGUUCAGGAACCAACACAGAUUCUGAACUUCCUGAGGAAACAGAGGUUUAAUGCAGACUACGAGCUGACAGCCAGACAGGGAGCAGACACAAUGGCCUACAUCGCUCUACUUGAGGAGAAACUGCGACCAGCUCUGCUCCACACAUUCUGGGUGGAUGCAGAGAACUACAGCAACCUGACACGGCCGUGGUUUGCUUCCCGCUCACCGUUCCCGCUAAACCUUUUCAUUCCGAGUCGCCUUGCAAAUGUCGCCCUCGCUCGCAUCCUGGUAACCAGAGGAGAGGGGCUGCUGCACAGAAUCUCUGAGGUGGAGGGAAAGAUUUACAGUGAUGCUAAAGAGUGCCUGAACCUCCUCUCCUACAGACUGGGAACUGCAGACUAUUUCUUUGACAACAGCCCAACCAGUCUGGAUGCCUUUGCGUUUGGUUUCUUGGCUCCGCUUCACAAAGCAGACCUGCCCAGCAGCCCUCUGCAGAGCCACCUCAGACAGCUGGACAACCUCACUCGUUUCUGUGACAACGUCCUCGCAGCCCACUUCAGUCCAGAUAAACCCCGUCUGCUUCCACCUGUUCAGGAAACAAUGGAUGCCAAUCUGCAGAAACUAACACAGCUUGUAAACAAAGAGUCCAACUUAAUAGAAAAGAUGGAUGACAACCUUCGCAGCAGCCCACAACACAAACCUCACAGAACCGAACCCAAACCCUGUAUGUCUUCUUCAAAGAACUCUACCCCGGCAUAACGCCCGACCUUCCAGCUCUGAUCCAGCUGCACGACUCGCCAGGCACCGCCGUGUUGACCUCAACCAAACCCAACAUACUGAGAAGGGGGGAAAAGCUCAUGAAACGGGACUACUGUGGCUGAAAUGGAAGAAUUUCAUUAAUCAUGUUAUUAAGACUGUAUAAUUAAGAGACUAUUUUUAUGACAACGACGAUAGAUUUUAAAGAUGUUCAUCAGAAACGAAGGAAAAGUGCAUGUGAGAUGUAUUUAUAAAAAUGAAGAGAGCAUGCAUGUGGUCAAGAGUGGAAAUCUACAAAGUGGUGCGGGAUGACGAAGACGCGAAAUAUUGAAAGGGACGCCAAAGGAACCGAAACGUCCAGAGAGGAAUAUUAGUGGUGCAGACUGCCUUUCUUUUACCGUUCUGCUGAUUUUAUUUAAAGGGAUAAACCUCUAAGUUCUUCCUGUUUGAGUUGAUCUCUUGCAGUCUGUGUUGUGGUGCAGAUUUUUGUUAAAGCCUGAGAAUAUUUAAUAUCCGUCCAUUUAAAAAGCGUUAUUUACAUUGGAGGGUAAAUACCGAGAGCACAAGAUGUUUUUUUUCAGAUUUUGACAUCGGCUGUAAAAUGGUCAGUAAUUUCUUUUGCAGUAGUAAAUCUAAAGUCUGCAUGCAAUCAGGAUGGCAGGUAUUUAGUCUAUUUAUUUUUUUUGGUUGAGGGUUGCUUGCAUAGUUUUAAAUAGGAUGAUUAUAAUUGCUUUGUUGCGAUUUCCUCCUAUUAGGGCUGAUCAGCUUUUGUCAAAAACAUUAAGGAUUUGCACUUUAAAUCGAGUUGCUCACGCAUAACAUUUGGGACUAAUUCUGUGUGUGUGCAUAUGUGUGUCUUAUUGUGACAUUUAACAAUCAAACCACCUCGUUUGUUGCCUUCAUUUCUAUGCAGCUGGUUUUGCACAUUUAUUUAUUUUUUUCUGCCAUGUUUUGCGUGAUUUGCUGUGCCUGUUUAUUUCCUCUGUUUAAACCCAAGUAAGUCUCAUUAGCUGCUUUGCUUGUUUAUGGACUGAGUACUAUGAAGUUCUUCAUGCGUUAACAAACCCCAUCUUUUCCAUCUUCUGACCAGACUUCCUCACAUUCAGUGUUACAUUCCCUCUACAGCGCCAUCUUUUAGAAAUAUUUUUGCUGCCAGUCAACAGAUGGUUGCAGUGUGCCUUCAUGACUGCUGGUUUCUUCUUCCAAAUGUUCCUGUGAGUUUUUAUACACACUUCAUAAAUGAUAUUUCCCAUGUUUCUUGAUUUUGUUCAUAACAUGCCUUUACAUUAUUUAAAUACAAAAAGUACCAAACAGAAACAA